AUGUUCGACGACGACGUCUCCGACGAGGACAUCAGCGCCGAGGCGCUGGCGGCCAUGUUCCGGCGGAGCCGCGAGAAGGACCGCGCGGCUUUGGAUGAUUUCGUGGCCACGGAGCGGUCCAUGCGGAGAGACGACAGCGAGGGCGCGGCGCGCGACCAGGCCGUCGUGGGCAUGUACGCGGCGCAGCGCCAGCGCCAGCGGAGCGCGCCCGACCAGGUCGCGCGGCCCGCGGCGCGCCGCGUGAGGAGGGCGCCGCCCCGGGCCCAACCCCGGCGGUCGCCUCCUCGAUUAGGGAGAGGCGACGACGCCGCCACUGUAAGUGUCGUGCCGCCGAAGGACGAGGCGACGAAGGAACUCGAGGACCGAUUGGAAAGGUGCCGCGCGGACCUAGCUAGAGGAAGGGAGACGCAGCGGCGGCUCGAGAGGAGUUUAGCGGACGCGGCGAGGAGAGCUGCGGACGUCGAGGCGCGCCAGGACGCCGAGGACGCGGCGCUCGACGCCUGGGCGGCGCAGCAGCGAAGUGCGGUCGCGAAGGAACGUAAAGGAGUGGCGAGAGAAAGGCGGCGGCCCGACGACGACGCCGUGAACGGGGACUACUCGUCGCGAGACGCGGAGAUCGAGGCGUUGAAGGCAACUGUGGCUCGCUUGCAGUUGCAAGGUGAUAAGCGGCGCCAGAAGUUCUUGCAACGGGAGCACCAGCUCCAGACGGCCUACGAGGCGCAGAAGCGGGAGGUCGACGACCUGACGGCGCGCGUCCGCGACCAGGAGGCCCUCGCGCUCGCUCCAUCAAAGCCUGUUCAAAAGAAGCGCCCGGCGGUGCGCGAGGCCCAGACGCCCGUCGCCGACAAAGAUGCCGAGCCGCCCUGGCGGCCCGUGCGGGGCCGCGAGGGGCUCCGCGAGCGGCGGUUGGGGGACGGGAGCCGGGAAGUAGCUUAUAGGAAUGGGACCACGAAGCGCGUCGACGCGGACGGGACGUGCGUCGUGCGCUUCGCGAACGGCGACGUGAAGACCUCGGAGCCGAGCGGCGCGACGAUCUAUUAUUAUGCUGCGGCGGACACGACGCACACGACGGACCCGCGGCGCCGCGUCGAGGUCUUCGAGUUUCCCAACGGCCAGGUCGAGACGCACUCCGCCGACGGCGCGAAGGACAUCCGCUUCCCCGACGGCACCACAAAAACAGUCCGCGCGGACGGCUCGACGUCGACGCGGUUCCCGGACGGGGUCGUCGUCGAGGGGGAGGCGUAGAAUUUUUACUUAGGCCUUGAAAUUGGCGAGUAGCUGGCGUGCACGUUCUAGGGAACCACGGGCAUCUUUCGCACGCGGGUGCCCGCUACCGAGCACGCGCCGCGUUCUCCGAUCGACGUCCUCGAGAAUCGCCACGGCCUCUUUAACAUCACGUUCAGUGGCGUUGGUGUCCUCCUUGAGGCAUUUGGCCAGGAGGAGACGAAGCGAGAUUGUGCUCAUGUGAUCGGGUCCCAGUUGACGCAUGUUGGGGAUCUGCUCUCGCAACAAUGCUUUGGCCUCGGCGAAGUGUCCUGACUUUCCAAGCGCGUUGACUAAGUUUUGGGCCGCCUACGCGACAUCUUUUUGACAAACUCGACAGGGCGGUCGAGGCCGCAGAGUCGAAAGGACCUUGGGCGUAUCUGAAGUUGUUCGUACCGGACAAAUAUACUGGAUUUGAGGAUUACCACGCCGUACCGAUAGCGACCGGUGGACUGGCGCUCGGCCUCGCCACCGCGUUCGCCUCGCGAUCAAUAAUUCUCGGCGCUGGCGUCGGGGCGCUCGCCGUGGCGUUUGUCGUGGAUAUUACUCGACCUUGCUGGGUUCGACUGUAUAACGUGAUAAGGCCCGCACCGCGCCUCGUCGGUGUGCCCGUCGCGGCCUGCAGCCAAGCGCACGUCUUCCCGGCGGCGUGGGCGACGCGGCUCGCGGACUAUCUCUGCAGGCACACGGACGUCCCGAAGGAUAUCGCGACGCACCGCCUGGCACGCGCUGAUGGAUUGGGCGUGCACCUCGUCCAGCCGCUAUUGUUCCAACACGUCGGCACGUACUCCGUGAUUCUACACCACGAGAAGAAUCCCGCGAACGUCGUGUCGGCGGGGUUUUCCUUGGACUAACUCGCGGCCACUCCUAGCAGACGAGUAAAGUAGCCCUGUGAUAGAACGCGGCAAUCACUCAGGCUCAGGCUUCGGCCAGGAAGCCAGGUGGCCG